AUGGUAGUGGUGGGUGGUAAGAACAAAGUCUGUGCCUGCUCCUACAGCUCUAAACCAGGACGAGGCCUCACCAAAAAUGUCCUCUGCCUGAAGUUCAGACCAUGUACUCACACAGCUACCUGCCGUUCGGGGAGGGCGUCUGGCCUUCGCUGCAGCCCCUCACCUACACCUACCUGCCUGCCCCUCUGCUGCUGCCCCCCAUCCAGGCCCACAACUUCUGCAGCAGGUACCACUGCUUCUACGGCCCGAGUGCGCCCCUACCGGCCGCGCCGCCCCUGUGGGCCUUCCCGCAGGCCUAUGCCGCGCCUCCAGAGGCGGCGGGCCAAAGCUGGGCGCCGUGGCCAGAGGGCGACAGCCGGCAGAUCGAGCUACGCUGGGGCCGGGUGGAGCGUGCGCCAGGGCCGUGCCACGAGCUGCCCGACUACGUACGCGGGGAGCUGCGGCGCGUGUACGGCACGUACCCGCGCACGGAUGUGCGCAUCACCUACCGCGGCGGCGAGUUCCUGCUGCAGGCCGCCCCGCACGUCCGUGAGCCAGAGUACCGCGUCGAGAGGCGUGUGCUGCGUCGGCCAGCUAGCAGCGGCAGCGAGUCAGCCACUGACGUCCGCUCGGGCGGCAGAGCCAGCAAUCCAGCCCGGGAAGCCGCGGAACGCGGCCGCGGGAAGAAGGGGAAGCCCUGAGCGAGGGUGCCGGAGUGCCAGACGGCUGACCCGGAAUCCUUCGCUGCAGUAA